UUGUGCCGUCCCACCUAUCAUCUUUCUCUCCUUCCAUCUUCCCUUCUUCAUUCUUUCCUUAAAAUUUACAUUUUCUUUUCAUUUUUUGUUAUUCCUUUGUCUAAAUAUUGAUUUUGGGCAUGUAGAUUGUUAAACAUAUUUUUUUCUGGAUAACCCCUUUGGGAGGAUCGGGUGGAUUUUUUAAGAUUCGAUCAUUUUCCGAUGAGGAAAGGGAGAGGAUCCGACGUAGCGAUGAAACCGGCGGUGGAACCCAACGGAUCUGUAAAAGAACAAAGAUACAGAGGUGUCAGGAAAAGACCAUGGGGAAAAUUCGCGGCGGAGAUCAGAGAUCCAUGGAAAAAAACCAGGGUUUGGCUUGGGACCUUCAAUUCUGCCGAAGAAGCCGCUCGAGCAUACGAUGCCGCGGCGAUUUCCCUCCGUGGAAACAAAGCGAAAACGAAUUUCGCUUUAAAUUCUUCCGAUCUCCCACCUUCUCAUCUCAUCAUCAAUGAAGCCUUCAUCGACGGCGAUUAUAAAGAUCCGAAAGUGAAACCGCAAAGACCGGCGAGGAGUAGCAUGAGUAGCACGGUGGAGUCGUUUAGUGGGCCGAGACCAUCCCUACCACAGCAGAAACCGACGGCGACUACGACUCGGAAGUGUUCACCGCCGGUUACGCCCGACGAUUGUCAUAGUGAAUACUGUGAUUCAUCGUCGUCAGUCGUCGAUGAUGCGGAUGUUAUCGCAUCGUCGUCUUGCCGGAAAACUUUGCCUUUCGAUCUCAAUUUUCCACCGUUGGAUGAACUCGACGAUCUCACUUUAUGUCUCUGAUCAACGGUGACGAUCAACCAGUCGAUCUUAAAGUAUCCCUUUUUGCUAUUUAUCAAAUGUUAGAUCUUCGUUGCUGGAAAAAUGAUGGUGAUUUAGGGUCUAUGAUCUCAUAUCUCACCUCUGAUGAUCUCAAAGAUCUUUCAUCUUGUAUAAACAAUUUGUCUAAUUCAAUACCUAAAGAAAAUGGGUCUUUGAUUCUAUGAUUUAUGAAUGCGAUUGCUUUCACCUUCA